AUGACAACGUCUGCAGUUCAUCUCGAAUUGGUCACCGACUAUUCAACAGAUGGCUUCAUUGCAACGUACCGACGGUUCGCAGCAAGAAGAGGCAUUCCACACACAAUCUACUCCGACUGCGGAACAAACUUCAUCGGAGCGGACUUAGCACUGAAAUCGGUGUUUGUCGAGGGUUCUCAAGACAAUCAACGAUUAACCAAGCUGUUCGUCAACGACAAUACUACUUGGAGUUCCAAUCCACCCGCUGCUCCGCACAUGGGAGGAAAGUGGGAGGCAGGGGUCAAAUCCGUCAAAUACCAUCUGAGACGAACGGUGAGUGAUACUUUGCUCACCUUUGAAGAAUACAAUACACUUCUAAACCAGAUUGAAGCAACGUUUAAUUCUCGACCACUAGAGCCUCUCACCGAUGACCCUGACGAUUUCUCAGUGCUCAUACUAGCUCACUUCCUCAUUGGAAGAGCGAUCUCGACAUUGCCCGAGCUAUCUAUUGAACAAACUCAACUUUCGCCGAGAGCCAGUUGGCAUUUCAUACAACAAAAACUGCAACAAUUCUGGAAGCACUGGUCAACACAACAUCUCCAACGGAUGCAAUCAAUCUCGAAGUGGCAUCACCCAUCCAAUAACAUCAACGUUGGAUCUGUGGUGCUGCUUACUGACGAACGCUUCCUACCAUGCAAGUGGCCUCUUGCUCGAGCACUCGCAGUUCACCCUGGACCAGAUGGACUGACGAGGGGCGUCACGAUCACGACGGCAACGACAACUCUAACUCGGCCAAUUGCGAAGUUGGCUUUACUUCCUGUUGCAGAUACGAUCACAUCACGAUCUUCUACGAGCUGCUGA